AUGGCGGUGGAUGAGGGAAUGCUGGUAUUCGAUGAGGCAGUGGAUGAGGGAAUGCUGGUAUUCGAUGAGGCGGUGGAUGAGGGAAUGCUGGUAUUAGAUGACGCGGUGGAUGAGGGAAUGCUGGUAUUCGAUGAGGCGGUGGAUGAGGCAAUGCUGGUAUUCGAUGAGGCGGUGGAUGAGGGAAUGCUGGUAUUCGAUGAGGCGGUGGAUGAGGCAAUGCUGGUAUUCGAUGAGGCGGUGGAUGAGGGAAUGCUGGUAUUCGAUGAGGCGGUGGAUGAGGCAAUGCUGGUAUUCGAUGAGGCGGUGGAUGAGGGAAUGCUGGUAUUCGAUGAGGCGGUGGAUGAGGGAAUGCUGGUAUUUGAUGAGGCGGUGGAUGAGGGAAUGCUGGUAUUCGAUGAGGCGGUGGAUGAGGGAAUGCUGGUAUUCGAUGAGGCGGUGAAUGAGGGAAUGCUGGUAUUCGAUGAGGCGGUGAAUGAGGGAAUGCUGGUAUUCGAUGAGGCGGUGGAUGAGGGAAUGCUGGUAUUCGAUGAGGCGGUGGAUGAGGGAAUGCUGGUAUUAGAUGAGGCGGUGGAUGAGCGAAUAUUGGCAGUGGAUGAGGCAAAAGCAGGUAACGGAUGA